AGUUGUAUAGUAUAAGUAUGUUACACAAACAAUGGAAAGGGUUAAUUCCCAUGUAAACUUAUAUUGCAAAAUGAUUUGAAGGAAACAUUAAGUUGCGUGAUUACUUGGAGUUUUGUCAACGGCUUUGCUAUGGCAACAGACAAGAGUGUUGGGGUUCGAUCAACGCAUAUUCUUUUCGAACCAUACUCUAUGGAGGACAUUUUUACAGUAAUCAAGAGUAAUUCUAGAGUAAAGUACACUUGCUUUCAUGUGUCUGAACAUUAUCUGGCUUUAGGAGCAACAAGUGGAGGAGUUUAUCUUUUUAAACGUGUGGAUCUUUCCUUUCUGAGGACAGUGACUAGUAAGGAAGGUGUUAUCACACAAGUUUCCCUGGCUCCAGAUGACAGUGUAGUAGGGUUUUCCACAAGUCGGGGUCAUGUCAUUGCCUUUGAACACAAUGCUGAGAAGGCACCAAACCAGCAGCAACGUUUGCAGGUGUCUUAUGAACAUAAAGGAAAUCAAAUAACUUGUCUACAGUGGAAUAGUGCAUCUUCCCGACUUUUUAGUGGAGAUGAUCAGGGUCGAGUAUCUGUGAUGAAUGUAUCCACUUCUAAGGCCAAGAACCUGUUUCAGAUCUCUUCCUCCAUCUUGUUGCGCCUGGAAACUCGCAUUGUCCAACUUGACAUGGCACAGGAACAUCUGUUAGUUUCAGAUUUUACUCGUUGUUAUGUUUGUCAUACAAUCAGGGAACAGUAUUCGCAGAUUGGAAAGAAACUCCGAGAAGGGGAGUAUGGAGCUUGCUUUUACCCCAACACAAAGCCACAGGACCCACCCACAAUAUUUGCAGCACGACCUGGUUCUAGACUCUGGGAGGUGGAUAUCAAAGGACAAGUACAAAAUACUCACCAGUUUAAACAGGCUUUGACUAUGUUGCCUACAUCCUUGGUAACUUUUAGGAAAGAGUAUGUUCCACCAAGUCCUGAUAUGCACUGCAGGCCACAGUCUGUAGCCUUUGUUAAGCUACACACCAUAUGGACUGAAGAUGGUUUACCUCUUCUCUUUACAUGGAGUGAUCGUGGAGUAUACAUAAUUGAUCCAAGAUUGGCUGAAGUUAUUCUCUGGAACAAUGAAAUUACAGGGAUCAAAGAUACUUACUGUCACAAAAACGAUAUUUAUGUCUACUUUAUUGAUGGGAGUUUAGCCAGAUAUUCUUUGCUAAAGAUUGAGAAAGUUUUUACUCAGUUGUAUGAAAAAGAACUUAACAUUCAGUUUGCCCAGCUGUUGCUGAAUUCUUACCAAUACUGCUCCAUUAUAAAUCUUUGUCUUCAUGUCCCUGUUUCCAUGGUUACAAGUGUGAUGAAGAAGCUUGGAGAUUCUGGAAGAAGCAAUCUAGUGAGUGGAUUAUCAGUUGUAGCUGGCCAGAUGGAAGAAGUUCAGAUGGAAAAAAAAAAGGAUGCUGUAGAGUUUCCCACAGAAUCAGCAGAGGCACAGCGUUUAAAAUCUGGUAUUUAUAUGGUUAGACCUCCUCCAAAAAGAGAACACUUAGCUUCAGCUAUUCCUACUAGGUGUCAUUCUUCUUCUCCUGUACACCAUCCACAUGGACGAUCUCCAAAUCUCCACUUCUCUGCUGUGUCUCGCUCUACUAACAAUACGCCAAUGAGAGUGCAUGAUUCUAAUAUAUCAGGGAAGAAAAAAUCUAUGACAGGUGAUUUUGUCAGAGGUAGUCCAGUUACUAUAUCUAACUCUAAACACUUUGAAACUAUAGAAACUGCUAGUAAGAUACCUAGACAAAUUGUGAACUACCGUCCUUCACCUUCUAACUCAAGUAUCACUUCAAAUGAAACAAUGGAUGAUAGCAUUGCUAUUAAGUUUGAGAAUGAAGACAUCCCAAAUAAAAAGAUUGAUGUUAAGCACCUUGACCCUAUAAAAGCCAAAGAAUCUAUAUCAAUAGAAAGGUAUCAAGAAAAUGGAGAAAUUUCAAGGAAUUCAUCAUCUUCAAACAUACUCAGUUUUCUGGUGAAAGAUAAACUUUCUGUUGUUGAUACAAAAGCCAAUAAAGUGUGUGCAGCACAUAUUGAUCAUGUGGGUGAUACUUUCAUUAUCUCAAAAGAUGAAAAUUUAAAACAAAAGUCAAGUAGUGAAAGUAAUGACUUGAAAUCUCCAUAUGAAAGCUUACAACCUCAGAAACAAGAGAGUGUGCCAGAUAUAAUAACCAGGUUUGAGGUUCAGUCAGAAAAUUCAACAUCAUUGGGCAAUAAUGUUCUUUGUUUAGUAAAUGGGGACACCUUGUCUGAUAAAUUAAACACAUCCACCACAGAACAGCAUUUUCAAUCAAAUGCUAGUGAUAAAUUAUCUGAGGUCCAUCUUGAAAGGGAACAUGAUAGUAAAAAAAUCUGUGUAGUAGGUGAAGAGUCUUCUUCACAUAUUGUAAAGAAUAUAGACAAGGAAAAUGUUUUAAGUCCUGAGCUUCGGAAAGAUGAGAAAUUACAAUUCUCAGACUUAAGUAAUAUCAAUCGGAUUAGCCUUGGUUCAGAUUCAUUUAAACAUAAUUUUGAGAAGGGUAUUUUUAUGGAUUCUGUGAGUGCUGAUUUAAAUGGAAACAUAACACUAAAUAUUUCUGAACCAUCUGUGAAAGAAUCCCUUGACCAGAGUGAAAACUCUCAGUUAAAAGAAAGGGAAGUCUGUGUUUUGAGAGAUAAACUCAGCUCAGAUGCCAGUCUCUCCAUUGCAAGUAAGAGUGAUUACCAGCACUUGUUAUAUGAUACACAGCCCUUGUACAACUGUAAUGAAAUCAAGAAAUUUAGUUGUUUAUACUCUAAGCACAUAAAUGAACAUAAACUUGAAAAUUUGGUUGAAACAAUUCCACAAUCUACAAUUUUUCCAACAAGUGAUCUUGAAGAUCAUGGUGAUGUACAUUUACUUCAGACAGUCCAUACGUUUGAAGGUGAUAAAUCUUUAUGCAGCAGCAGUGAUUUCACAGAAAAUGGUUCAGAUUCAAUUGAAUCAACAAUAUCAGAUGAGGUGAAAAAACUGUGUGAACAACCAAAAACAACUAUCGCUAUUUCUCCAGACUUGGAUGGUAGUUAUAGUUCCCUCUAUGAUACAUACAAUGAGAUUAUAGAUUUUGAAAAACCUUAUCGAUAUCUUAACAUGGCAAUGUAUGGUGGGGGAAUGAUACUUCCUCCAGGUCUUGACCUGUCCAUUAUUUCAGGAUCAGAUGUUGUUGACACUGGAGUUUUGGAAUUAACAAAGCUAAAAGACAGUAUCUCCAGCAAACUGACAUCUGGUAAGAAGGUACUUCUACAAAACUUGAAGGAUCUAGAAACAAAGUUUAAACAGAUGAAUUCAGAGCCAACACCUGAACUUCUUGAUGUGAGAGUUAGCAAGGGAAAAACAAAUAGUGAACAUCCUCACUUUGUUCCUAUGGGAACACGUUUAGAUGCAAGUCUUCUACAUUUGACUACUGAUGAUGUUAGUUACUCGGAGAUGGAAUCAGAGAGGAGAGUGAAAGAUAACUUCUGGUCAUUUUUACCUCAAAUUAGUAUUCAACCACUUUUGAAAGCAACAGAAAACACAAGCCUUCAACUACAAGACCCAAAAAUCCUGUUUGAUGAGAAAAAUAGAUCAUUGGCACUAGAUAAAUGGGUUUCAGUGCUUCAUCAGACUCAGAUUCAAGUACUUUUUCUAGUUUGUGCUUUAAAGCAAGCCUGUGGUAAACAAGCUCAUCAAAAAACUGUCAAUGGAGUACAACAUGAUGAGACUGAUAAUACAAGUUUUGUGAAUUAUGUGCCUACAAAGGACACUGUACCUUCUGUUACUUUGGGUUUGGAUGAGAGUUCACAUUCAAACCAUGAAAACAUUCCCAGCCAACUUCAAGAACAUUUGUUGCACAAUACAUAUGCACAGUUUGCUUUUACAGAUUCACAGUUAUCUGAAUUUCUUAAGCACUCCAACAUUUCUGAUAUUUCCAGCAGAUUGUCAAAAAUAUCUGACAUACAAAAAGUAGUGUUUGUAGAUGAUCCUUUUUUGUUGGAUGAUAAAGAGCACAAUGCAGUAUCUGAAUUAGUUAUGUUAUGUUUGGAGACACAAAUACUGGGUGAUACUAAUGUAAUUCAACUUGAAAUGUCUAAUUCAUUCAUUCCAUUGAAACCAGUGUUUACUGAAAAGUUAAAGGAAGACUUGAAACCAGACAGUUUUCAAUGUGCUUCUGCAUCUUGUGUUUCAUCUCAUGAAUUAACCAUUCAGGUACAAGUUGAAAUGGACUUUCAAAAACCUGUUGAUACAGUUGAUAAAAUUAUGAGACCAGGUUUGGAAGAUGUAGAUAAUAUUUCUUCAAGUAAACAUUAUAUACAAACCAUUCCAGAUGAUAUAAAAUCAUCAUCUCUGAAGAAGUACCUACUUCAGGAUUCUCAGUCUUUUUUGCAAGAAGAAAAGCAACAGUCUUGUCAAGAACAAAUGACAGGAGGUGUUUCAGGUGAUGAUGUACCAGAAAUGGUAUCCGAAAAUGGACCUUGCUUAUCUCAGCAAGUUGUACCAGGCACAUUCCAUGUACCUCAGGAAAAAUGCAUUCCAUUAAUUAGUGAUAAUCAGCAUGAUGACAACGAAUCUAUUAUUAUACCUGCAUAUAGUGAUACCCAAACUAAAAUGCCUCACGAGGAGAAAAUUAAGAAAAGACAAAGUUUGCAGAAUGAUAAGAGUGAUACCCAUUAUAGUAUAUCAUCAUCAUCAGACAGUUAUGUGAAUAAGCAAGUUAGGGAAUUGGGACAUGGCCAACAGGAGGAUGGACUGGUUUUUGAAAAUUUUGACCUUCAUUUAGAGAAUAAAGAUGAUUUAAAGAUGGCUUCUUUCAUUCAAAACUAUUUUCAUUUUUUGAAUCAUCAAAAAGUUUUACAGCUUAUAAAUUCAGUGGAUGCACUUAGGUUGUAUUCAUGGACAAUGCUCAUUAGUGGAGCCAAAGAAAGAAGUAAGAAAAAUGAUUUUUUUCAAAAAUUACAAAUAGGACAGGUUUCAGCUGCUAUUAAUUGUAUAGAAACUAAGGAGUGGAGUACUGUGGAUCUUAUAGCUGCUUUAAAGGAGAUAUUUGUUAUUUAUUCUUCCAAAGCAGUGGAAAUUUGUAUGAAGAAGUUGCCUCAAGUCACACCUCUGGAUGUACUGUACCUAACCAAAAGUACAGGGAGAUAUCCUGAUUUGUUUUUAGUAUUUAUGGAACAACUUGUUGAUAGUUUAUCACCCCAACAUUGGAAUUCAUCUAUCAAGAAAUACUUCUCAAACAAACAGAUAUGUUGGGAAUGGAUCAACCAUUUUUUGGGACAGAAGAAAUCCAAAGAGUUGAAAUGUAGCUGUGGUUCUCCAAGACCUGGAUCACAUCGCUACUUGUGGAAAAGAGGGAAAUUUCUAGAAGAGCUUAUUGACACUAUAAGCCCGAGUAAUAAACUUUCUGAAUUGUGUUACAAAUCAGGGUAUUGGCUAGGCUAUAUACAUAUAUUGAAAAAACAGUCUCUCCACGAACAGCUUCUGUCUACAGUCCUACAGCUUGGAGAUAUAGAACUUUUGUAUCAAGUUGGCAUUUUAUCUGCUUUGUCCAAUUAUCCAGAAAAGUGGCAAAACCUACUAUUUCUGUUAUCACAAAGACAGACUGUAAUGGGAGAAGUUCUUUGUUUGACCUGUGGUAACAGCUAUUCAGAACUAACACCCUUUCCUAGCUCUUCUGCAGAGACACCUACUAACUGGAAAGUAACCAUCAGUUGGGAAAAGAUUGGAAAGUUACUUGUAGAAGCUCUUGACUCAUCCACAGCAGUUAAACUUCUCCAGGAAUCCAAGAUCCCAGUUGGUGGCUUGUCUGCCAGUUUCUACCAAGCCUGCAUUCUCUCACAUCUGAUAGAAGUACAGCAAAGUGCCUUGGCUCACAGAAUGUUGUCACGACUGGAAAGCUACCUUUGGUCCCGUCGACCUACCACAAUUUCUCCUGAGGCACACCAGAUUUUGUUAAAAGAACGCAGAAGUGAGACAGAAGAUGAAAGCAAGAAGCAGGAUUUGUGUUCUACUGUACUGGGUCGGUUCCUAGAAGAACCUGAUUCACAUUGGGGGAUAACAGCAAAAUUAAAGAGUAGCUGCUCGGUGUGUGGGCUUCCGUUAACAGCUCAAACAAGUGCUGCAUUACGGGGUAUCACUGUAUGUAGUUGUGGUCAUACCUAUCAUAAAGGCUGCCUCCCUGAAGCUUUCUGUAUCCAGUGUUUGAAAACAGCACCCUCUUGAUUGCAUCAUCAAAUGUACAGUUCUGCUUUCUGUGUGUGGCAUCUGGUAGCAUGAAUUACUGCCAAGGCUUCAUUUGUCAACUGCAGUUUAAAACCAGUGCUUCAUAUGACAACAGAAUAAGAAGAUGGUUUGAAACUGACAGUAAAAAUUAGUUGUUAGUUGAUUUGUUAUUGGCAAAUUCCUGGUAUUGUGUUUAAUACAGCAGUCUCCAGUUACCCAAAUUAGGGUGUGAGUACAGACUGUUAGAGUUGUAUAUACGUAUAUAUAUGUCAGAUUUUAAAAGAAAGACAUUUAAUGAAUUAAGCUUGUUUCAUUCCACAUUUACUCUUUAUAAGCUUAUUUCAGUAAUAUUUAUUUAUGUUCAUUAGAAAUUUGUUUCUGUAGUUGAGAAAUAAGCUUAAUUUUUUUGUCAUAGUCAAUUUUAUAUUGCUCUUCCAUGUUCUUAAAUCCAUUUGAAAUCCUGUUCUGAAUAGUUGAGUAAUCUGAACAAAUCUGGUAUCAUUCUGUUAUGUCACAACUACUAAACAUUGCUCAUGCUUUCUAACUUACUUGGUAGAAAUUUCCAGGUGUGAAAACAGUGUUUACCCUCGUAACGUACUUAAAACAAAAAAAAACAAAUGCUAUUUCUGAUUGCAAAAAUUAAUGCAUUAUAUGACUAUAGUUUAUUAAUGUGUAGAAAACAAAUUUGUAAAUAUGUUCUAGAGCUACAAAUUAGUAGUAUAGUAAUUAAAGAAAAAAUAUAAUUCAGUUCUUGCAAUUCAAGGCUUUAAAAUAGAGAAAUUAAUUAUCAGAAAUAAUAAUCAUAUUGCUAUAUAAUUAUAAUUUUUUUGGACUGAUUAAAACAAAAAAAAUAAGUGCUUGUAAUGAACAGGCUGUUUUAACAACUUUUGUACUUGUUUAUUAUGAUAAUAUCUUGUCUCUAAUAAAAUACCAGGCCAAUUCUACAUUAUAUUUCUUUUUAACAAGCUUGAAAGAUCAUUCAUGAAUAGUGUUUCUUGGAAAGAACAAUCAUAAAAGCUGAAUUUGUCCUAAAUUAUUCAUAUGGUAAUCAAACAGUAGAAAACUUCCCAACUGUAUAUAGUCCCGGUUAAUGUUAAACUUACCUUGAUUAAUGAGUAGAAAAGGUAGCAAACAAUUGGUGUAACCCAAGUGUACUUGGUCCAGUGUUAGUUUGUUUCUGGUAAAGAGUAAGUAGAAGACCAUCUUAUAAAGCUGUGUUUUGUGAUAGACAAAUGCUAGGAUGGGAUCAUAAACUGAAACUGAGGUAUGAGCUGGGAGAUCAUGUGCAUACUGAAGGCUGAUUUUUUUUUUUAAUACUGAACUACAUGUACUGUGUAUUUAAUAUUUAAUUUGUUAGUUCCUGGAAUGUCUUAUUUGGUAAUACUUCUCAUUACUCAGUUAACCAAACAGCAUAAAUAAAACUUUUAUGAUUGCAACAUUAUAACAUUGGAAAAUUUUCAUUUUUAAAAACCUUUACUGAACAUCACUUAUGAUAUUGUCGUUUGGUGUGACUUUCCACCAACCUUCAUGCUUUACUAUUUAUGUACACACAUAUUAGACCAAUAAGAAACAAAUGAAGAAACGUUUACAAAGAGACUUCUGUAGUAGAAAGCUUCUGCUGAAUGACAAGAACACAAAAAUGUAAAAUGGUGGUUGCUUUUUUAGAUUGUAAAUAGCUUUUGAAAAAUUCACAAGUUUUACUAAAUUAUUUCUGAAAAUGAUAGUUCCAUUUCCAAAUCAGUUUCAGUUUGCAAAAGGAGACAGAAUAGUCAAAAUACUGAUUUUUAAAAAUUUUGUAUCAAAAUAUAUUUAACUGUUUGAUGUAGAAGAUAUGCUUAACAUAUCUAUGUAGUGGCUCAAAGCUCAGUAUGACAUCUGAAAUAUGUAAAAAAGGUUUAAUAGAACAAAAGGCAGACUAAAGUUAUGUGUAGAAAGGACUAAGAGCUAAAAUGUAAAUCAUUCAUUGUUGUAAAGAUUGGUUACAAAUUUCUGCUAAACCAAAAGGUCAAUAUUUCUUUAUUGUAUUUUUACUGGCAUAUUUUUGUUAGUGUUUAGUGCUGUUAAUAAAAAAAAAAUUUCCCUCAUUAAACGUACCCAAUCAUAAAAUAAAUAAGUUCUUAUGCUAAUUUCAUUUGAUUAUAUAAGAAUACAAAAUUCACUUUUGUGUGAUUUCUAUAUUGCUCUAACGAAAGAGCCAUGUGUUUUUAAACAGGAAACAUAAAUAGGCACAUCAAGGAGUUGUUUUUUCAUGAAGUUUGGAAAUGUUAUAAUAGUUUACACAUUUUAUGUUGUUGUUUUUUCUUUUCUUCUUUUGAUAAUGUUUACUUACUAUAGUUAAGUUUGUUUCAUAAAAAUGAACCAGUGAGCAAAUAUACUUUGAUUAAUUGCUUCUAAAUGUAUACAUUGUAUUACAUAAUCAUUAUUUUGGUCUAAACUGAGUCUGUAUUGCAUUUGCUUAAUAUUCUGUAGACACUUUCUGGUGGUACAUGACCACCCGCCAAAGUAAAUGGAAACAUAUUUAAUGAUAAUAAAAAUAGUACAAAAUAGGUUGGGAUACGGUGAGUUCAUGUGUAAUAAUGAGGAUUUAUAAUUAAUGUUAAGUUACAGAAUUAGGAUGCUGAUUUAAGGUGAUACCAAUACCUGUAGUGGGAGAAACAUAUAUAUAUUUCUAAAUCACGCAUUCAUGUCUUAAAAUCAGAGAUUCAAGAGAUUGUAAUAAUUUUAGGUGUUUAAAAAGGUGAAGCCUAAACACCAUGAAAGUGAUGUUAAUAUCGUUGUUUAAGAAAGCCUUGUCAAUUCUAGAAGCAAUAAUACUAGAAUAAUAAUGAAUAAAUGUUAAUUUGAAAAUAUGAAUAAUAUUAAGUUUCUAUGAUAAUUUGGUAAAAUGUAACAUGACCAAUACUUCAUGGUUGCCAUAACAUCCUUCAAAGCAACUAAUCUUAAAAUGGAAAAAAAUUGAAACAUUCAGUAUUGUAGUAUAUAAAAAAGAUGUCAAAAUUACCAGCUGCUUCAGGUUCUGUACUUAACAAAAGAAAUUUAAUCAACCUUUUAUGUUCAAAGAAUAGUUUUAUAUCAAACUUUCAGAAGUAUUAACCACUCCACAGCUUUUAUUGUUGUUUUUUGCUGUCAAUAGUUAUUUUAUAUUAUAUUGAAGUCACUAUUUGUGUGUUUUAUAUUUGUUGUUUUACUUACUCAGAACGUUUAUUCCGUAUGUUAAAUGACAAAUAAUUUACAUAGUAUACUGUUAUUGAUAGUGUUUUAUAAUGCAUUAAUACUUAAAUAAUUUUUUUAAUGGUGAGUUAUAUUUUUAAAACAUGUAACAGAAUACUUUUAAGUUAUGUUGUAUUAUAAGUAACUGCUUAUCAACUAAAGUUCAGCGAGCAGGCCUUAU